CAAUGAUGGAUGAAAAUCCUAAGAAAAAAGGCACCGAUGGGAUGGUAGCCCCUAAAAAAAGGAUGAGCGUUGUGUUUAGAGACACCGCUAAUACCAGAAAUCGAAAUGAUCAAAUUUGCAGCCGAGUAGGUUGCAGUAGUACUGCCAACCCUCCUAAGGUUGCUCAAGUCAGACCUUCCGAAAAAGGUAAAUCUUCAAGGCCAUCAAUGCAGUCAACUUCAAGUGGCAAGGAGGUAAUCGGUAGUUCCCGUAGAACAGCUACAAACCCAGCAAAACCACUUGUAAAGCCUCGGAGAACAUUAACUUCAAGUGGACUUCAAGCUGACAAGGAAGGUAAAGAGUCUACUAAUGUAACUUUGACGGAAGUAAGAAAAUCUAGCGGGGUAUCAAAUUUAAGUUCUCAAAGGAAUUUUAAUCAAAGACCUGGAACUGGAUUUAGUCAACGAGAAAAUGAAAGCAUUCGUCCGGCGAAACAAGCUGUUUCUAGCAGCAAGUAUGGAUUGAGGAACCUCAGAUGCAAUACUAUAUCUGAUAUCAUCCCUUCUUCUUGCUCAUCAUCAGAUUCUACCCUUAAUAGAAAGAAGGCUAUGGUAAAAAAGAUAAACACUGGAGGGGAAAGUAGCUCAACUGUGAAAGGGAAGAUGACCGGUUCUUCAUUGGAAGGAUUGAAUUCUGGCUCCAGAAAUGGAAUAUUUAUAUCUGAGGCAAGAGGAUCUAAAAAUAUUCCUCCUCGUAGGGACAAUAGCAGAACAACAGUUAGACCUGAAAGAUCGAUUAGUCGUUAUGCCAGGGGAGGAUUGUCUAGCCAAGGAAAUGAAAACCUCACGGAAACCAAUGAGCCCCGUGUUCAGUUACCUAGUUCGCCUAAAAAAAGAAGAAAAAUGGGUGCUUUACUGUCACGUUUAACAGUUAUAAAAAACAAUACCAAGUUUCGAUUGGAGAUCCGUCAGUGUUCUAAACUAGAUAAUGAAGGAAUAUGGAGCAAUCCUGUUUAUGUUGAACCACGUAGUCACUCAUCUGUAAGAUCCAGAAUGUUUAUUAUUCAUUGGAGUGAUACAUCAAUCCCCAGGUUCAUCAAAUUUUAUUGCGAUGGAGAUUGCUUUGAGAUUUUAACCCCACAAGAUUUCAUAACCAACAGAAAAUUCAUUGUCGAAAUGAAUGAUCAGAAGAACAUACCAUACGUCACCAGAAUUAAAGACACUCAACCGAUCAUCUGUAUUGCUUGA